AUGUCUAACGCGCCUCAGUCGAAUGCAACUUUGCCAAAGACACAGGCGGAGUGGCGGAAGGCACUAGAGGAACUGCCUUCCUCGCCCGAGAAGAUUCCGUCUUUCUUCUUUGGACACGGCUCCCCAUUCCUCGCGUUCCCUGAAUCCGAUGCAGGUGGUAACCAGGUCACGGAAGCCAUGGGUCCAAAGGGUCCAUUGGCGACGUUCUUGAAAGAUUUCGGCCCUGUUUUGCUUAAAAAGUAUAAGCCAAAGGGCAUCGUUAUAUUCAGCGCUCAUUGGGAGACUGUCGGCGAACGCGUUGUGACCGAUUAUGGCGACUCGAACCCACUGCUUAUGGACUACUUUGGCUUCCAGCCUGCGUUGUAUCAAUUGAAGUUCCAUUCACGCGGAGAUUCGGCGCUUUCCCAGCGCGUCGUACAGCUUUACAAGGAGGCUGGCCACCUCGCCCGUACUACGUCCCGAAUGGAAGCUCGAGGGGAAGACGGCAGGGGAUUUGCUGGCCCAGGACUGGAUCACGGAGUUUUCGUGCCUUUCCGAUUGAUGUUUGGUGAAGAAUUCCUCGAGACGCCUAUUGUAGAGGUCUCAAUUGAUGGAAGCUUGAGCCCUGAGAAGAACUGGGCGGUGGGAAAGGUGGUCGAACAACUGAGACGCGAGGGAAUUCUGGUUCUGUCGGGCGGCUUGUUAGUCCAUAAUCUGCGCGACUGGUCGGCCUUUGCGGAACAGUCUGCUAAGUCCGUUGUGAAGGAGUUUGACAAAGCCAUUCUCGAUGCGGUCACGGUGCCGGAGCCGAACGCUAGAAAGGAGCAAAUGAUCAAGCUCAUGCAGCAUCCGGGGUUCCGCGCUGCGCACCCGCGUGCGGAGCACUUUGUCCCGCUGUACGUGGCGGCAGGUGCAGGAGGAGAUGGAGAGGUUCGAGUGCUAUCUGCGAUUUACGGUGCACCUACGUUCGCCUUUGGCUUGUGA